AUGCUUGAAGCAGCCAGUGGUAUCGAAGCAGCUAGCAAUAAGCAACGUGCUGAUACAGUUGAUCUUAGUGAUAGUGAUCUUCAAAUUGAUAUUUCGGAUGCAUUAAGUGAAAAAGAAAAGGUUAAAUUUACUGUUCAUACAAAAACUAAGUUACCAGCGUUUCAAGAAUCAGAAUUUAAUGUUUCACGUCAACAUGAAGAAUUUAUUUGGUUACAUGAUCGUUUUAAUGAAAAUGAAGAAUAUGCAGGUUUAAUUAUUCCACCAGCUCCACCACGACCUGAUUUUGAUUCAUCUCGUGCUAAAUUACAAAAGUUAAGUGAUAGCGAAAGUAUUCUUACAAAGGAAGAAUAUGAUAAAAUGAAACAAGAGCUUGAAGCUGAAUAUUUAGCUAUGUUUAAAAAGACUGUUUCAAUGCACGAAGUAUUUCUUCAACGUCUUGCUGCACAUCCAAUUUUACGUAGUGAUAAUAAUUUUCGUGUCUUUCUUGAAUAUAAAGAAGAUUUAAGUGUUCGUGGAAAAAAUGCUAAAGAACAAAUUAGUGGCUUCUUCAAAACAUUAACAAAAACAGCUGAUGAAGUAUUGUUAGCUAAUCAAAAGGAAAAUGAUGAAUUUUUUGAACGACAAAAACAAUUUCUUUUAACUUAUAACACAAAAAUAAAAGAUGCUACUAAUGCUGCAGAUAAAUCAACUCGAGCACAUAAAACUGUUGCUGAUACAUAUAUUAAAUUAUCAAGUGGUUUUAAUACUUUAGCAACAUCGGAUAAAACUGAUUUAUCAAGAUAUCUUCUUUUGGUAGCUGACUUGUUUGAAAAAGCUCGAAAAUUAGAAUCACGUGUUCAAUCAGACCUUGAUCUUAAAUUAUCGGAUACAUUAAGAUAUUAUUUGCGUGACUCCAAAGCAGCACUUGAUUUAAUGUAUCGUCGUUCACGUUGCUUAGCAGAUUUUGAAACGGCAAAUAAAAAUUUAGAUCGUGCAAGAGCCAAAAAUAAAGAAGUUCAACAAGCUGAAACAGCACAACAAAGUAUCAAGCAAAAAUUUGAAACAAUUUCAGAAAAAGCUAAAGAUGAAUUAAAUGAUUUUAAAACACGUCGAGUACAAAUGUUUCGUAAAAAUUUAAUUGAAUUAACUGAACUUCAAAUUAAACAUGCUAAAGCUCAAAUUCAAAUGAUUAAAGGCGUUUUACAACAAACUGAAACGUUCUCAUAA